AUGGAAUGGACGAGGACGUGUUGUUUCCAUGUUAUUAUUACAUUCAUUUUAUGUAUUUCAGAGAAUUUCCACAAAGAAGACUGUUUCACAGUGACUUCAGUUAAUGGCCAAAAAACGUACAUCUGCCAAAUAUGUGGCAAGAUGCUAUCAAGGAAACAACGCAUACUGACCCACUUGAACAGUCGUCAUAAGAAAAGUCCAUUAAAGAGGGUUUAUAACCGAUAUAAAUCUGAUUCAACAGUACCAGUCCCAAAGCGCACCAUAAUGCGUCAUCAAGAUUCUGAAAGGGAAGAUGAAACUUUGAUACCUGAUGCACCAUCAUUGCCAGUCUAUCUGCCUGAGACGGAAACACAUGUCAGUUCCUGUGAAGCUUCAACUUCAACCUGCAAUUAUUCACUUGGUAAUAUUCCCUUUAACAUGCAAGACCUGGAAACCACAGAUACAGGCAGUGAGUUUGAUCAGAAUAGUAGUUCUAGUAGUCACAAUAGCUCAGAUGAUGAAGAUGACACCAGUGAUGAUGAAGAGGAGGAUGACCAUACUGAUACUGAAAUUUGUGAAGCUAUUGCAGAUGAUGAUGUUUCUCAGCCACAAACAUCAAACAGCUUUUCUCCACAAGAGAUUAAUAUGUUGUGCAUGGUAUCAUAUUUACUCAGAUUCAAUGUCAGUGGUUGUCAAGCAAAGGAAUUUGGCAAGGCAAAGGUAAUCCACCAUUUGAACAGUAUCUAUAUGCAUUUGGUGAGGAAAUGUAAAGACUUGUAUGAGAAUGGGAUAUCAAUCCAACCUUCUACUGCUUGUGAACCCUUUGUUGUGAAAAUGGCAGUUUUACUUGCAACUAUGGAUCUUCAAGCCAAAGCAUACGUUUUAAAUAUGACAAUGCAUAAUGGCAGCUUUGGAUGCAGUACAUGUGAAGAAGAAGGGGAAACUGUGGCUCAUGGAAAAGGGUAUGCUCGUCAUUAUCCCUACAAACCACAUUUUGAAAGACCUGCUAGUAGACAGUCUGAUGAUAUCAAAUAUCUGAAAGGACCACAAGCAACUAGAACUAAUCGCAUUAAGGGUAUUUGUGGCAUGACAGGCCUGUCAUCUAUGCCAUGGUUUGAUGUUGUGGAUGGAGUAGUGCCAGACUACAUGCAUGGAGUCCUCUUAGGAGUUACUAAGAAACUAUUGUACAUGUGGUUGUCUCCAACGAGUGACAGAAAACCCUAUUUUGUGGGAAAAGAUAUUUCUACUAUUUCUAAAAGGCUGAAAAAUAUUUGCCCACCAGAUUAUGUCGAGCGCCUGCCAAGAGACCUCGAGAAGAAUUACAGUCAUCUAAAAGCAUCAGAACUCCAGGCAUGGUUGUUAUUUUAUUCAAUUCCAUGUUUGAAUGGUAUUUUGGAUGCUGUGUAUUUGGAGCACUUUACUCAUCUGUCUGAGGGAAUAUACAUUCUCCUUGGAGACAGGAUUACGCAGCAAGAUCUGGAGAGAGCAGAGUCACUGCUUGAACAUUUUUACUCGAAGUUUGGAGAACUCUAUGGAGAAGGUAGCUGUGGAUUAAAUGUUCAUAACAUUGGUGUUCAUCUGGUGACUUUUGUUAGAAAAUGGGGACCGUUGUGGUGUUGGAGCUGCUUCCCAUUUGAGGACAUGAAUGCUGACAUUUUGAAGGCAGUACAUGGCACAGGAGAUGUGACCAGUCAGUAUCUCCACUUGAAAGAACUACGAAUGAAAAUUUGUAACAUAAAUCUGGAUGGUGUUGACCAACAGAGGACUGAUUUCAUUUACAAUAUGAAAGAUGGAACCAACAAGUGUUGGAAAGGUUUAAAGAAAAUGAAAAAUUGCCAAAUAGCAGGACAGCCAAAGCCUUUGUCCAAUAUCACAGCAAAUACACAGAUAGAGAUUUUGCGAAACACAGAUACCCAAGACUUGUCAAGUUUAAGGAAACUGCAGAGAGUUUUGGUUAACCAGCAAAAGCUAUACUCACAAGAGUAUACACGCAUGAAGAAAAGGGUGUGCUAUGCUGUUCGAUGUCACAAUGGCAUCAUUGCAAAAAUAUUGUUUUUUAUUCUCAAUGUUACAAGUGAAAAUGUGUUUGCUGUUGUCAAGAAAAUGACUUUGGCCCAGAAUUGCUUUUUGUUUGAAACCUGUGGAUUUCAUUUGAUGAAUGUUGAAGACACUGAUGAUGUGAUUCAAGUUGUUCCUGUUGAUGACAUCAUGGAAAAAGUGUUUUUGAUAAACAUUGAUGAUGUUUCAUAUGUGGCAAUGAUGCCAAAUAUUAUUGGUCAUGGCGUUUUCAAAUGAAAUGCAAAAUUGUUGUGAUGUGAAGUUGUAGUGACAGUUGUAGGCACAAUGUUGGUUGAAUGCAUAAAUGCUUAGUUGGAUUUAGUGGCAAGAAUAAGAGGUCCUAACUGAUGUUGCCCUCUUUAGUAGAUCAAUUCAUAUGUUUUUAGUUUGUUCAAAUGUUACUGAUGAACAGUUAUUAACUGUUACCAGACGUUGUUCUUGUGCUUAUGGAUGUGCCAGUAUUGUUUUGCCUGAGUACUAGAUAUAUAUUUUGUGGCUCAUUGAAAGAACAAUUGAACAAAUAUGUCAUUUUGCUUUCAUGUCAAUCCAGGUGUAAUAUUAUUAGCAUAUUAGAUAAUUAAAAACAUAUUAAAUGCUAUAUUUAUUUUAAUAUGUGUUAUGGAUCACUAGUAAAUAGAAAAGAAGACUAUGUUUAGAUAUAUAUAUAUAUCUUUAGCAAUAUUCAUACAGUUUUAGACCAGAUGGCCCUCUUCCACAAAGCCAUUCACUAAAACACAUUAUAUUUUCAUGUUUCUCUAAGUGAGAUGUUCAACUCAAGUUUUUAAGCAAUUCAAGGACAAGGAUGAUGUAAGGUAUGUUUGAAGUUAUAUGAGGUCAGCAUACUAAUUCCUUGUGAUAAUAACUUUCAUCUGCCACUUACAUGUUCUUGAAGGCAUUUUAACAAUGCUAUUUAUGCAGUAUUAUUGCUACUCAUUAAAUGUUUGGCUUGGAUUAUUUUAGGUAAUAUUUACUAUAAAUGUCAACAUGAUGUUCUUUUGGCCACACACACAAAUAAAUUCUAUUGAUUUAA